AUGGGCAAGCGCGUCAUUUUCACUGGAGGUUCAGGUGUCAUUGGCCCCCACGUCAUUCAGGAGCUCCUGCGGUACGGCCACGAUGUGAUCAAUCUUGACAUCGUCCCGCUCGACAACCCCUUCGUCCAUACGAUGAAAUGCGACGUGACCGACUCUGGACAGGUCUACAGCGCUCUUCAUACGCAGCUUCAUCUGACUCAGCCUCUGGAGAAGGCGUCGGUUCCUGACGCGAUCAUUCAUUUCGCCGGCUACGCCCGACCACUGCUGGCACCCGACAACGAGGUUUUCAAGACCAACGUUGUCAGCAUCCACAACGUUGUCGAGGCAGCAUGCAAGCUUGGCAUCAAGAAGAUCAUCCUGGCAAGCAGCAUCUGCGUCUACGGCGUCACAUUUGCCGAGGGACGUCGUGCGUUCACUUCGUUCCCUAUAGACGAAACCACUGAAUGCAACCCAACUGAUCCGUACGCCCUAUCGAAACUUAUUGGUGAAACCGUAGCCAAGAGCUACGCCAGUCGGUUUGGCGUCGACAUCUACUGCCUUCGCAUCGGUGCCAUCAUCGAGCCGGAUCAGUAUCCCAAGAGCUUCGGGAGCUAUCUUGAGCAUCCAGAGUCCUGGGACGUCCACGGCUGGUCAUACACCGAUCUCAGGGACCUUGGCCAGAUGUGCCACUUAUGCCUCUCGUUCGACGGCCUGGGCUGGCAAGUCUACAAUGCCACCAACAACGAGAUGACAAACAAUGAGAAGACGACAGAGUUCCUGGGGCGGGUGAGUCCCUCAACACCCUUCAGCCGAGAGAUGGGAGAGCACGAAGCUCCCAUAUCGAAUUCGAAGAUCCAAAGGAUGUUGGGAUUCAAAGAAGAACACCCUUGGAGGAGACAUGUCCUUGCCCCGAAAUGA